ACCAUUCAUCUUAGCAGACUACAAAAAGACAUGGGAAAGACCAAAAACACAUCGCUGGACGCCGUGGUGGCAGAUUUCAUUCUUCUGGGCUUGUCUCACCCCCCAAAUCUAAGAAGCCUCCUCUUCCUGGUCUUCUUCGUCAUUUACAUCCUCACUCAGCUGGGGAACCUGCUCAUUCUGCUCACUGUGUGGGCUGACCCGAAGCUCCGUGCUCACCCCAUGUACAUUCUUCUGGGAGUGCUCUCAUUCCUGGACAUGUGGCUCUCCUCAGUCAUCGUUCUUCGGCUUAUUUUGGAUUUUACUCCUUCCAUCAAGGCUAUCCCGUUUGGUGGCUGUGUGGCUCAACUGUAUUUCUUUCACUUCCUGGGCAGCACCCAGUGCUUCCUCUACACCUUGAUGGCCUAUGACAGGUACCUGGCAAUAUGUCAGCCCCUGCACUACCCAGUGCUCAUGAAUGGGAGGUUAUGCACAGUCCUUGUGGCUGGAGCUUGGGUCGCCGGCUCCAUGCAUGGGUCUAUCCAGGCCACCCUGACCUUCCGCCUGCCCUACUGUGGGCCCAAUCAGGUAGAUUACUUUAUCUGUGACAUCCUCGCAGUAUUGAGACUGGCCUGUGCUGACACAACUGUCAAUGAGCUUGUGACCUUUGUGGACAUCGGGGUAGUGGCCGCCAGUUGCUUCAUGUUAAUUCUGCUCUCCUAUGCCAACAUAGUCCAUGCCAUCCUGAAGAUACGCACCGCUGAUGGGAGGCGCCGGGCCUUCUCCACCUGUGGCUCCCACCUAAUCGUGGUCAGAGUCUACUAUGUCCCCUGUAUUUGCAUCUACCUUCGGGCUGGCUCCAAAGGCCCCCUGGAUGGGGCAGUGGCUGUGUUUUACACUGUUGUCACUCCAUUACUGAACCCCCUCAUCUACACACUGAGGAACCAGGAAGUGAAGUCUACCCUGAAGAGGAUAACAGCAGGUCGGGGGACUGAAUGA